AUGGAGAAAGUAUGUAAGAUAAUAGAAAACAUGGUAUAUGAAUUUAAUGAUUUGAAAAGGAAAGAAUUAUUUAGUGAUACAGAAAUAAUAGCCAUUGCAAAUAAAAGAAGACAUCAUGAAUAUAGAAUUAAUAGUCCCACUUCAGUAUUAUUACAUUUUAUUUUGUACUUAGAGUUUGAAAUGAAUUUAGAAAAUUUAAGAACAAAAAGGAAAAAUGAGAAAAAAGAAAAACUUAUUGAGGAAAUAUUACAAAAUAAAAAUUUAAUAAAAAAUCAUUAUAAGGAAUUUUCCAUAUUAAAAAAUAAAAUGGAAGAAGAAAAGCGUUUUGAUAAAUUUAAAGAAUUAAGAAAAUUAUUAAAUAAAAAUGAAAAUGAAGCAAAGAAAUUUAAAAAUAAUGUUUUAAAAGUAGAAAAGAAAUUACAAACUUUAUUAGGAUAUAGUUUAUCUGAACAUUCGUUAAUUAAAAGAAUAAUUAAUAUAUUUGAUGUAUGCUUAAGAAAAUAUUAUAAUAAUAUUUCUUUAUGGUUACAAUAUUUUAAUUUCUGUUUUAUAAAAAAAAAAUAUGAUGAACUUGAAAACGCUAUAUUAAAUAGUUUAAAAUAUCAUAUAAAAAAUGAACUUAUAUGGUUAAUUUAUUUAUUUUAUUUUUAUAAUAUAAAAAAAAAUAUUAUACAAACAAGAAUGUUGUAUCUAAGGGCAAUUUUAUUUAUUCCGGAUAGUAUCUAUUUAAAUGUCCUUUAUUUUCAUUUUGAAUGUGACGUUUUUAUAAAAUUAUUAAAUAAUUAUAAAAAGAAAAUUGAAACAGAUAUACAUCAGAUUAAAACGCAUGAACCAAAUAAUAAUAAUCAUAUAAAUGGGAUAGAGAAAAAAAAUAAAAAUGAUAACAAUGAUACAAAACAAACGGUAUGUAUUAAUAGUACGAAUGACAUACUAAGUAUAAGAACAACAACAAAUAGUAAUAGUAAUAAUAAUAGUAAUAAUAAUAGUAAUAAUAAUAAUAAUAAUAAUAAUAAUAAUAAUAAUAAUAAUAAUAAUAGUGGUGAUUCCACGUGUACCAGCUAUCAUAAUAUAAAUAAUUCAAAUAAUAAUAAUUAUAUAAACGAUAGUAACAAUGUAAUACAUUUGAAAGAUUUACAAAUCGAUCAUGUCUAUGGAGAGUUUUUGAAAACCAAUAUGGAUAAUAUGAAUAUUAUUGAUAGUAAUAAUAUUUCAGAAAUUAAGGAUAAUGCAGAAGGUAAUCAUGUUGAAGAUUAUCUAACCUCAUUUGAUAACAAUAUUUACAGUGUUAUAAAAGAAGAAGAUAAAUAUGGACUUGAUGUUAUAAUAUUUUUAAUUAAAAAAUAUAUGAGUACUCUAAGCAAGGAUAAGAGCAAAUUACAUAUCUUCGUAUUUUUACUUUUAAACACCCUAUUAAAAAUCGAAAAAAAUUCAUGGAUUAAAAUGUACACAAAACAAUAUGACGAUUUUAAACAAGUAGUUUUAGAUUCUAUUAAUUCUUGUAAAUUUGAACAACCUUUUCUUUAUUAUUAUUUUUUUAUAGAAACUUGUGUGAACUCUUGUUAUUUUGAUUUUUUUGAAGAUGAAGAAUUUACGAUUUUAAAGGAUCAGUAUUAUAGAACUUCUAUGGAAAAAAUAGAAAAUAAAAAUAUUUCUAAUAUUGAAAAAUAUUUUAAAUAUGAACAUGUUAAAAUAUUAUUAAAACAACUUUUCAAUAUGUUUGACAAUGAAUUGAUGAUUUAUUUCUUUUGUAUAAUACUAACAAAUUUAUAUGAUAAUAUUAGUAUAUAUAAUAAUAUAUCAGAAAUAUUUACUAUUGACAUAAAUGUAAAAAAUGACAUAUUAGAAAAGAAAGAUAAAAAUAAAGAAAUAAAUAAUACAAAUCAUAACAAUAAUAAUGAUAAUUUAGAAAAUAAUAUAUUAGAUAAUACAGAUACCAUAACAAAUAAUCUAACUGUAGAUAAUAUUAAUUCUACGAAAAAUAUUUUACACUAUAUGAAAGAACCAAACUUAACAUGUCAUGAAGAUUUAGAAAUUUUUCACUUCCUAAAAGAUGAUAUAUUUCUAUGUAGUAAUUAUAAAUUUCAUAAAAUCAACAUGGAUUUUAUUAAAGAGAACAAUAUAAAUACCUAUGAUCUUUUAUGUAAACUUAAUUUUAUAACGCAUGUAUGUUUGAUGGAAAAAAAUCAUUCUGAGAUAAGUUCGAAUAAUUAUUUAUUUAGCUAUGAUAAAACGAAUAAAAAUAAAGAUAUUCUUUCCUCUAUCUUAUAUUUCUUUUUAUAUAACCCCAAAAAUGUAGUUCAAAAGGUAAGUGAUCAAAAAGGAAAAAUUAAUGAAAUAAAGGAACAAAAUAUGUCUCCCAAUUUUAUUGUAAAGAAAAGGAAACAAGCCAAAAAUUUGUUGCCUUCACCUUUUGUAAGUAAGAAGGUCAAAAGGGAAAAUCAAAACAAGACAAAGAAAAAUAAUUACCUAAAUAUUUAUGAGAAUGAUAGUGAUAACAAAAGUGUGAGCGAUACAGAUGAGGAAACUGAUGAGGAAACUGAUGAGGAAACUGAUGAAGAAACUGAUGAAGAAACUGAUGAAAAAAAUGAUGAAAAAAAUGAUGAAAAAAAUGAUAAAAAAAAUGAUAAAAAAAAUGAUAAAAAAAAUGAUGAAAAAAGAAAUAAAAAUAUUGAAGAUAAUAAUGAUAAUAACACGAAUACUAGUAAUGAAGAAGAAAAAAAAAAUAUAUCCUUAAAAAAAUCAGAGAAUACACAAUUAAUGAAAAAAAAAGAAAUAGAUGAAAAAGAAAUUUUUAUUAUAGAUAAAUUGCUUUUAAUACUUACUAAAAAAAUACACGUUUUUGUAAAAAUACAUAUUAUCAAAUGUAUUUUAAAUAUAAUCGUAUUUUUAGACAACGAAAAUAUAAAAGCAAAUCUUAGUAUGACCAUUAAACAGGAAUAUAAAAAUAUAAUGAAAAUUAAUGUGAGUGGAAAAUAUUCUAAUGAACUUAAUGAAAUGAUAAGUAUAUAUAAAAAAGUGUAUAUAGAAUAA